CCUCGAAAUAGCCUACCAUAAACGUUAUUCAUUUUUGUACAGCUGUGCAUCCGCUUCCACGCCCUGGUGAUGUCGGCACAAUAUUUAACUUCACAUCUGAAGCUUUGAAUUAAUGAGCCAGAGAAGACACCUAGCUCCGAGACACUAAAUGCAUAUCGCUCUCUACACAUAAAUCCAGAUGCUAAACUGAUUCCUUGUCAUCUUGUGGGCAGUUAGUUGGGUCCGGAGAACGCCUUCCGUAACCUAGUUCGUUUGCAAGAGCGCACGCAGUCAGCUGCGGACUUGGAACGUUUUCUUAUACAAAGAAGCCAAACCACGUAAAGACAUUCGUCGGGUGACAGCGAGUCUACUCAGUAAAAACAAAAGGAAGCGCGAUGAGAGCCAUUUCUCUCUAUUCCACGUGCUCUCAGACACCAAGGCUAACUGCAAUUUUAGAGUCUUUCUUGCCACGAAAUUAUCGGCAGCAUUACUUUCCUUGGAGACUUCCUGGGAUGUAGAGAGCCAGCAUCGAGACGUUAGAGAGAAGCACUGUGUGAUAUUCUGUUGGAUCGUCGUACUUUCUACUGAAUUUGAAUUCAGCCCUUUAAACUGCACCAAUUGUGGUUUAACCACAGGAUACCAUGAUGUACAAAGUGGAGUUCACGAAGAACAGGCGUUGUAAGAUUUAUUCAAGAUGUGUGCACGUUCUAACCGGUGUGACUUUUUGAUUUGUGCUGGUGGUGCUAUAAGCAUAUGCGGUGUAUAGUUCUAAACCGAUUAACUCGAGCAGAAGGGGAUAUUGCUUUAAACGACUGACAAAAGAGACACGAUAUUUACCUACCCCAUUUCAGCUUAUAUGCUGAUUUUUGCAUCUGGAAAGGUCCCUCUUGCAGGGCUGGCUCAAGAUGUUCUGGAUGGAAUAUAAGGCUACGGAUGUACGGUGUGGGAGAAGGAGACUAGGAGUGGCGGCCAUGAAACUUCCUUGUUCCUUCUGGUUCGUCCUGCUGUUUGGGGCAGGGGGCCUGGUGCUGUUCAUCCACCUACAGGAAAUCUCUGAGAUGGUCCAACAGCAGGCUCCAGGUGUGAAGUUCAGAGUGACUCCCAGGCAGACGAUGAUGAAGGGCCUGUGCACUCGUACUGAAGAGGGUGCGAGGGGUGACCCCGGCCCAGGAGGGAGGCCAGGUGGGGACGGGCUCACCAGUCCCAUCCCCCCCAUGCAGUUCCCCGCUUUCGAGUGGGCGCAGCAGUCUGGCGCCCCCGGCUCCCGGGAACUGGACCUGGGCGGCCCGCGCGUCACCAAGAGGCACAGGAAGCUGCUGCUGAAGAACACGCCCGCCGCCCGCGCCCACAACAACUCCUCCUCCGCCGGCCCGCCCAAGAGCAGCUGGGCGCGGCUGUCCCUGAUCCAGGAGGCCCGCAAGCGACUGGUCCGGGAGGUGUGCGCCAAGUACAAGAGCAGCAGCAAGCGGACGGUCACGCCCCACCACGUCUCACGCAUCUUCGUGGAGGACGAGUACAAGCUGCUGUACUGCGAGGUGCCCAAGGCGGGCUGCUCCAACUGGAAGAGGGUUCUGAUGGUGCUGGGGGGCGUGGCCUCCUCCACCCGCGAGAUCAAGCACGACGCUGUGCACUACGGCAACCACCUCAAGCGGCUGGACGGCUUCGACCACCGCGGCAUCGCCCAGCGGCUGGAGUCCUACACCAAAGUUCUGUUUGUGCGGGAGCCCUUCCAGCGGCUGGUCUCCGCCUUCCGGGACAAGUUCGAGAACCCCAACACCUACUACCACCCGGUCUUCGGGAAGCCCAUCAUCUCCAAAUACCGUGCCAACGCCUCGCAGGCCGCCCUCAGGACAGGCGCGGGCGUGACCUUCAAGGAGUUCAUGCAGUACCUGCUGGACGUGCACCGGCCCGUGGGCAUGGACAUCCACUGGGAGCACGUCAACCAGCUGUGCAGCCCCUGCCUGCUGGACUACGACUUCAUCGGGAAGUUUGAGACCAUAGAGGAGGAGGCCAACUUCCUCCUGCAAAGGACCGGCGCUCCCCGAAACCUCACCUUCCCCAGCUUCAAAGACAGGCACCCCCAGGCAGAGCGCACCUCCGCUCGCAUCACCCAGCAGUACUUUGCACAGCUCAACGCCUCUGAGAGGCAGCGGGCCUAUGACUUCUACUACAUGGACUACCUUAUGUUUAACUACUCCAAGCCUUUCAAAGACCUGUACUGAGGACUGAGCGAGGCUGAAAGUUUAGAGUGAAAAAAUGGGUGUUUUUAUUUAGCUCGGCAGUGAAACAAAAUUACGGAAGCUAUCCAGAAACAACCCCCGGGUUUCACCUUGAAUAAAACAUGCAAAAUGUAAUUAGAGCACCUCUGUGCUGUUUACAGAUUCAAAAAGACUUUCUGAGCAGAAGCAAAGGGACAGAAAUGGAAGAUAACCCUGUUUCACAAACUUAAAAAAGCAUUUGUACAUCAACCUGAAAUUCAUUACAAACCAAAUAUUUAAAUAUUUAACUUCUCAGUAGUCUAUCCCCUACAAAGUAAUACAUGCACUCAAUAUAAUUUUAUAUUAAAUCCAACAUAUAUGGAAUAUAUUUCAAAACAUUUCAUAAACUUUGCAAUAAAUCUUUCAAGAUAUGCAUAAAGUUACCUAAAUAAAAUAAUAGCAUAAAUAUAAUUUCAUACAUAAUGUAGAAAAAUAUUCCUUAAAUUCUGGAUUUUGUGUCUUCAAAUAAGUUACACUGUUUGCAAUCAAUGCUUGAUUUUAAAUUUAAAAAUUGAUUUUAAAAAUCACACCCUACAUAGAUAGGCUAAGGUAAGACUUGGAACUGUUACUGAUACUGAACAGAGCACUUCCUAGCUGAUCACUGCUGUACACCAUAGACAGGUGAAUCCCUGUAUGCAUCAGUUAUUAUGUACACUAUUAUAAUUAAGUAUUAUAGAGUCAUAAAUCCCAUAUUUUAAAUUGCAACAUUAUAUAUAAAUAUAUAUUUGAUUUUAUAAGUGCAGUACUUGUAUAAUGGUAUUUUGAAUAAUCAAAGCUUUUUUCCAGGAUUAUUUUAUUCCUGAAGUCAUUGGGCAUUCUGUUGCACACAUUAACUUGGCACCACAUGCCUGGCAUUGUAAGACUUGAUUUCACAGACCUGUUAGUUAAUAUUGGGUGAGGAGAUGGACCACUUCCAAUCACUGCAUUAGUAUUAGGCAUAUACAUUUGUACAGAAAGGGUGCAGUGCACUGACUGAGAUAAUGUUCUGCCUGCCCAAACACCCUGCUCAAAUAAACCACUACGCGCAUCACAGCCAAGAACAUCCGCAAUGAAAGCAGACGUCAGGCUAACAGCAAACCUGCUACGACACCCAGUCAUCUGUAAUGCUCACCGGUGAUGAUGAUCGAGUAACAAUGAACAGAAAAAAAACAGUUGUGCACUGUGUUAUCAACUUUAUCACACAAAACCUCAUGAGGGAACACUGCUAAAUAACACACAAUGUACGGUAGAGGUGUGCAGUCCAAGAUCAGUGUGUUCUGAAAAGUACUGGACUGACUCUACUUCUUCUGUGGUGUACACAAGCAGUAUCUGCUUAGCAUGUAAAUAAUACAUUUAGUUUUUUUUUCUGGGGGGGGGGGCGGAAUUGGAAGUGUGGCGUAUCUGGUUUGCAGUCAGAAGGCUGUAGAUUUUAUUUCUGGGCGAAACAUUCUGCCAUUGUACAAUUGAGCAAGGUGCUUCAGUAAAUAUCCAGCUUCUUAAAUGGGUAAUCAAAUAUGUCAAAUAUGAGAUAUGCUUAUUGCCCAGAAUUCAGGCAUCUGUCAAGUCAAUAUACACUAUGAAAUGAAAUCAUAACCUCAUCCAACUCAAACUCAUCACACUCUUGAGUAGGAGGGAUCUACCACUAAGGGAACUUCUAUCAAUGACAGCCUCUUCCAAAACAGAAUAGAGGGGAAGAGAAACCAAAACAAUGAAAGAGGUGACAGGUGCCUCUUUUCACUGUGUGGCAGAUAGACCCAAAGACAGCUUCUAGUCCUUUCUGUCAGUCAAUGGUAAAAAAAAAUAAAAAAAUUUAAAAAAAGAAGAAGAAUACUUAUAAUGCAAAGAUACUUAUAGUGUCACUUCAGUGUUGAUAUAUUUUAACAAAUGGGUAGAGAAAAACAGUAUGUCAAACAAAUUAUGAAUUACGGGGGAAGUGAUAUUAAAGUAUGUUUAUGUGGUGCAUUGACUUUGCAGUACAUGGAUCAUCUGUUUGUUGUUCUGAUGGUUUAAAUGUUCUGACUGUUGGUUGUACCUCUGGCUCAGUGAUAUGGAAUAUGGUGAGUGACACCUAACCUGAGAGUAGCCCUGCAGGCUCAGACCCUUGUGGUUAUUGGGUAAUAUACAUUGUAUGGGUCUAUGCUACAAUACAGAUAUAUUACAAUGUAAACUGUAACCAGUGAAUGUAUAACUGUUUUAAUGUCAGUGCACAAGUGUACAAAAACCUGAUCUCAAACCUAUUGCCUUAUUUUACACUGCCAAUUAGCAGGUAUAAUUAAAUGCAACAGUACUGGGACAGUUGUGUCAAUUUGGAUGUUUGUUCCUCUGUACUAAUCAAAUUUGUAUUGUUGGUUUUUUGAAAACAUUGAACUAUAUAAUAGCAAUGCUUUCAAUGUGUUAAGUCUCCAUAUUUCAAGCCAGCAUAAGUACUGGGACAAUGUUUUUGACUAAUGUAAUGACUUGCAUGGUCAAUAUUUCAUUGCAUUCCCCUUACAUUUGAUGACUGCCUCCAGACUGUGAGAGAUUUCUCCACACUUUCAACUCUCCAUCACUCUGGCAAAGGUUUAUCUUAGCAGUUACUCAAGUUGACAAUUUAGUAAGCUCUUCUAAUCAUUUUGCCAUCAAUACCUUGGAAUAGGGGGACUUGAGUCAUUGAAUGGCAUUGUUGUAAAAGUUCAAUGCCUGUUUUUAAAAAUAAAAAAACAUGAAAUAAAUGCAGAGAUUUCCUCAUUGAUGUGAAAAUACAAAUUUGAUUAGUACAGAUGGAAAAACAACAAAUUUUAUAUAACUGUCCCAAUACGUUUGCAUCAGGAAGACAUUUAUCAGGUGGUUGAAUUAUUCCGCUGAUUGUCUAUAAAUAAAUGUUUUCAAUUGUC